UGUAUCAAGACCAGCCCUUUUCAGCUAUGUCUUUAUCCCCUCUAUUUGUUCCACCACCUCAAGACAUACAGACAGGGAUCCAGGCUCCUGGCUGCAUUUAUCCCAGCUCCACUGCACCAUGGGCAGCCUUAGGCCGAGUCACUGGCCCCAGAUCUUGGUCCACAUGCUUCUGCUGCAAAUUCAGCCUGUUAAGUUACAGGGAGUUGAUUCUGUGUCCCAGAAACUACGACGACUCAACGAGCAGUUCCAGCAGUUCCAGGCGCUGACCCAGGCCCGUUUGGACAUGUUGGCCCUGAACCAGAACAGAAACUCCUCUGGAGUACUGGCAACUCGUGUUCAAGCCCUGAGUGAACAGUGGCACGACAUGUCACAGGACCUCGAACACCUCAAGCAAAGCACAACGCAGGAGAUUGACAGUCUCAGAGAGUGGAGCAGGAAGCUUGAGAAGAAGAGUAAGCGGAUGGAGGGUCGUCUGGCUCUGAUGGCGAGGAACCUGAGGGAGAACCGCCGCAACGCACAGAAACAGAAGCUGGAUCCUGGUCAGGACUUCUUCAACCUCACCAUGGAGCUCCAGAGCCAAGACGAAAGGCUGGCCGCCCUUCAGAUCCAGCGUGAUGAGCUGCUUGUUGGGCUCAGAGGGUUGCAGGAAUCCCUUAAAAACCAGGCGCUACGUGUGACCCGGCUUGAGGGCCGGAUCAAUGAGGUUCUGCAGUUUAAUGGAGGAGGGAAAAGCAGAGGGUCCCUUAACUCCAAUGUCACACCUCAGGGAUAUUAUGAAACACGCAGGAGAAGCCAGGCACAUAGGCCUGGGAAAAUUCUGGAUGGACAUACCCACCCCGGACCAGAAGGUAUCAGCUAUUUCCAGACUGAUACAUCUCAGAGCAGACACUCCCAACAGCCCCAUCAAUACCAAGCAACAUUAAACCAGCCUAAACAUUUAAAGGCCCAGAGCCCAAGACUUCAGUCAGAAUCUCAUCCACAGGUACAUAUUCAGUAUCCAGAUCCUACCCCUCUACCCCUGUCUACAGAUUACCUGCCCCAGCAUGACCCUUACAGUCCUCAGUCACAGAUUCAGGUACGGGCCCAAACAAGGCCUUACUCUGCCCAGCAAGAGCAGCUCCAGUCUCGCCAAACUCUACCAUAUCCUCAUACGCAGAUUCAACAAAGAUCCCGGCCUCAAACACAACGUCACAGGCACCAUCAGUUGCACAAACCUAGUCACCCCUCCUGGCCCCAGCCCCAGACCCUAUCCCAGGCUCCAACUCAUCCUGAAACCAUCAAAGACAGACAGAGCAGGACCCGCCUGGAGGCUCCACAGCCCCACGCUUCAGAUGCUCUCCCUCAACCCCAUUCUGAGACUUAUAAGCAAAGUUUGAGCAGGUUGGAAGGAGAGGAGGAAGAAGAGAGUGACACAAAGGUGGAGUCUUCAGUGAUCCACAACCUCCUCCAGCUUCCUAUGAGGCAAAAGAUCCCAGCACAACCAGUUCCCAAAAAGGAUGCAACCAUCUGUAAUGUGGAUUCCAUGCUGUUCUUCCCCUCGGCCUCAGCAGAGAACUAUGUCACCUUCUCCCUGACUCUCCCAAACCUUCCUGAGCUCUCUGUAUGUUCAUGGCUCCGUGUGGAGGCCUCACAUGUCGGCACACUGCUUUCUUAUGCCACAAACGACAAUGAUAACCAGUUAGUUUUGUAUGGACGUAACUCCUCUUCAUCCCCCUCCCUGGACUUUGUAAUCGGAGACCCUGUCCAUCGCCGUCUCCCUGUGUCAUCUCUCAUGGAUGCUCGCUGGCACCACCUCUGCGUCGUCUGGUCCUCAAUCCAGGGUCGUUUCUGGCACUACAAUGACCGGCGCCUUACCUCCUCCGGCUCCAACUUCAGGAAGGGUUGGGAGAUUGCUGGAGGUGGAUCAGUGGUGCUGGGUCAGGAGCAGGAUGUUGUUGGUGGAGAGUUUGAUGCAGCAGAGGGUUUUGCUGGGCAGUUGGCGGGAUUCAGAGUAUGGAACCGGGUACUGAGUCCUACAGAGGUAGAAGGAGUGGCUGAAGGAAGAGGUGUACCCAGAGGGGUGGUGCUUGAUAUGGAGGACAUAAAGGAGGUACAUGGGGAGGUGCAACAGGUGGCAUGUGAAUGUUUAGAGCACUGUUUGUGAGUUUGAUGUCAGGGAUUGCUAAUUGUCUCUUACCUGCCUCUUAAAAGGUCAAAUAAAAAACGUAUUUCACUGUUUUAUAUUUCUUGGAUGUACACAGUAUAUUCUUAUUGGACAGUGGUGGAAGUAUUGAGAUCCUUUACACACAAUAAGUAAGUAAAGUAGUUAUAGCAUGAUAUUAAAAUACUCCAUUACAAUACUUAAAACCUUACUUCAGUUAAAAGAUGUAAGUAUUAUCAGCAAAAUCUACAUGAAGUAUCAACUUAAUAAUAAUAGUUUGAUCCAUUUUUUCAAGAGACAUGAGGUUUUAUAUAUGGAAAUUAUUAUUCAUAUUAAUUGUGACAACAUUUUUGUCAUGAUGCUGCACUUUCUGUCUUAUCUGUUUGUGUCUUUAACUUUUGGGGGGUUGUCAUUAGAAACGUAAUGCUUAGUUUUAUAUAAAUAAAUGUAGUAAAACUCA